AUGUAUUAUGUUAGCCCUGUUGCUGGAGAAUUAUACUACCUACGAAUGUUGUUGAUGAUAGUAAAGGGUGCGACUAGCUAUGCCGAUGUCAAGACCUAUGAGGGUGUUGUUUACCCAACAUUUAGACAGGCAUGCGAGGCAAGAGGGCUUCUUGAGAACGAUAACGAGUGGCACUUGCUCUUUGACGAGGCUAUUGUGUCUGCAUCAUCCUACCAAUUAAGUGGUGGUAAUAUAGACGAUUAUGACCUGCCACAACCAGCAUUGCAUCCAGAUGAUGAUAUUGGGAAUAGGAUGGUCAAUGAAGAACUAGCUCUUGAUAAUGUUGCUCUUGCUGCCCAUGCUGAUUCCAUCAUACCCAAACUAAACCCUGAACAAAGAUACGUGUUUGACACAAUAAUGUGUCGUGUUGCUGAAUCGAAGCCUGGAUUUUUCUUUGUUUAUGGCAUGGUGGCACUGGUUGUUGUCUUAGGUGGCGAUUUUAGACAGAUAUUACCGGUCAUAAGGAAAGGGUGUCGUGCUUCUAUAGUCGAUGCAUCUAUAACGAAUUCUCCGCUUUGGAGCCAUGCUGUUCUUCUCAGGCUUACUGUCAACAUGCGGCUCUUGCAAUGCGAGCUUAGUGAACAACGACGGCACGAGCUAGAACAAUUUUCUCAAUGGGUGUUAGCGCUUGGUGAUGGCAGGUUGCCAGUGUCAAAGAAAAAGGAUGAAUCUGAGGCAACUUGGAUUGACAUCCCUGAUGAUUUGUUGAUAAAAGCACAUGGUGAUAAAAUACAUGCGAUAGUACAUGAGGUGUUCCCAGACUUUGCCUCUAGGUAUACGGACUCUUCUUAUCUAGCAUCACGUGCUAUUGUUUGCCCGAAUAACUUAACUGUCGACGAGAUAAAUGAUUUCAUAGUUGGUAUGGUGCCUAGUGAAAUGAAAGAAUACCUUAGCUGCGACACCAUUUCAAAAUCAACUGAUCAUAUACCAGAUUUUGAUCUUAUGUACCCAACUGAGUUUCUAAAUUCAAUUACUGCUAACAAUUUUCCAGCGCAUAAGCUUACACUAAAAAAGGGUGUUGUGGUGAUACUGCUAAGAAAUCUAAAUCAGUCGAUGGGUUGUCUGAUGGUGAUCAUAUAG